AUGAAGCUCUUCAUUUUGCUUGGACUCAUUGCUCUUGUAUCGGCUGAUAUUCCAAUUGUUUGUCAAUCAUGCCAAAAACUUGUUCAAAACUUUGUCGAUGCUUCAAAGGAUCGUAUGAAAAUGUCGGAAUUAAAAGUUUCAUUGGCUGUUAUGUGUAUGGGAACAUCACACGAAUCAGAUUGUCAAAAAACUUUGGAUAAAUUGGAUAUCAUUGUGAUGAAGUUGGCACCAUAUUUGGUUAGUCUAUCAGAGAAGCUUGAUCAUAAACAAAAACAACAUUAUUUCUUUUUAGAAAAACACCGCAGCUGUCUGCUCAAAACUUCAAAUGUGCUCUGAUUCUCCAAUUGCUCGACUCGUCACAAUGUUCUUGAAAAAGAGCAAAGCCGAAGUGACAAAUGAUGUCAUUGCAAAACACGAAAUUUGCGAAGAAUGCAAAUACGCAACAUCGCAAGUUCAACAAUUCUUCGCCGAAGAGAACACAAUGAUUGCCACCAAAUCAUUCAUCGAUCAAUUUAUCUGCAAAUCAUCCGGAAAAUACAACGACGCUUGUCAAUUUGUCUCCUCUUUCAUGAUUCCACAAUUCAUUCAAGAAAUUCAAACAGUUCUUGGUGAUCAAGAUCAAGUUUGCUCUGAUCUUUCAUUCUGUCAAACCAAAAGAUCUACCAGUCUUUUGGAGAAACCAACAAUGGAAUUGUCACAAAUUUGGGGAAAAUUGGGCAGAUCUCAAAAUUCAGAAGAAUUGAUGAGUUGUUUCGAGUGUACUUUGACUGUUGAUGCAAUGAUCGAAGAAUUCAUUAACAAAAGGGUAAGCUUUUCAAAUAAAAAGUCUGUUGACAAGAAAAACCAUCAAAAAACCAUGUAAGCUUAUAUUUACAAGGAAACAACAGAAACAGUAGUGAUGAGUCAGACAAAAUGUAUAAACAAGGAAAAUCAUUUUUGUUGUUUGUUGUGAGUAAAGUAUGUAGAACACAGACCACGAAAUUCUGUGAAUGAGAAACUGUUUGAUCUCUGCAAAACCAAAUAUGCUUUUUGAUGUAUUAUGAGCUAUGACUCACAGAAGUUUUUAAAACUUUUGAGUUCAAAAACAUUUGACUGGAAGUGGAGAAUCACAACAAACAUAUUUAGUUUUAGACUAGCUAGUCCAAUUAAAAAUUUGGUGAGAGGAAUUAGAGCUUUCAGCAAUCUAAAUGAAAAAAUCGAACUCCAAAGCUUGAAUUUCGAAAAAUAGAUUCUGGCGUUGCUAAAACUUUCAUGACAUAAUAUUUUAAUGACCACAAAUCUAUUUUCAGCAAGGAACCGCUGAUGAUAUCCAAGCUGCAGUUUGCGCUAAAGUCAACGGAAACUGGACCGCUGGAUGUAACGAUUUCGUCCACAUGUACAUGUCAACUGUUCUUUAUCUCACUUAUAAUCAAUUCGAUGGUCGUGCAGUUUGCGAAGAUAUGCAUACUUGCGAGAAGAAAGAAUCAUACGCUACCAAGUUCUCAACUCCAACCAUUUCAACAUGCGAACGUUGCAAGACUUUCGAGCAUUUCCUCGCUGAAAACAGCGCUUUGCUCCAACCACACGCAGCCCAAUUUUUGGAGCAAACUGUUUGCGCCAAAUUGCCUCGUUCAUUUGGUCAAUUGUGUGCUCGAAGUGCUCAUCGUCUAACUCUUUCAUCUUUCAAACAACUCGAAAUGGUUGCCAAAACUCGUGUUAUUUGCACAACGGUUAGUUUUUUAUUUCGAUCGUGCUGACAAAUACAAUAUCAUGUACUUUUCAGGCUUGUUGA